AAAAAACUAUUUAACACUCAGCUCUGUUUGAUCCCAGUACUGCUUUUCUAGAAGCUCUCAUCAUGUACCUGCUGGUGUUCAUCUCUCUUCUGCUGAGCUUUGUUCCAGCUCAAAGUCGUUCUGUUGAGAUUUUCUUAAGAAGGAUCCCUGAGACGCCAGUUAACAGCACUGAGAAAGAUGGCGUUCCAGUUUCUGCAAUACUUGAAGCCAACAAAAAUGCAGGAGAGGGACUGGACGAUCCUUUGAUCAUGUUUGGAGACAUAGCUGUAGCAACAGGAUUGCAGAAUGCAGAUCCAUGCACAGCUCGUGGAUGUAAAUGGCGUAAAAGCAGAAAUGGAAAGGUCUAUGUACCCUAUGUCAUCUCCAGGCAAUACUCUCCUGAAGAAAUAAGUGUGAUUAAAAAAGGCCUGAAGUCCUUUCAGUAUUCAACCUGCAUUCGGUUCACUCCUCACAGAGGACAGAGGGACUUUGUCGACAUAAAGUCUGUCUCGGGCUGCUAUUCGUAUUUGGGACGUCAAGGUGGAGGGCAGGUUGUGUCUCUGCAACGCAAUGGGUGUGUUUAUCACAGUAUUGUUCAGCACGAGCUGCUUCAUGCUCUCGGGUUCCAUCACGAGCAGAAUCGAAGUGACCGCGACCAACAUGUCCAAAUCCUAUAUCAAAACGUCAUACCUGAAAUGCAGUACAAUUUUGACAAAAAAGAAACCAACAAUCUGGGUACUCCUUAUGACUACAACUCUGUGAUGCAGUAUUCAAGGUAUGCUUUCAGCAAGAACAAUAAACCAACCAUUAUCCCCAUUCCAAAUUCAAAUGUUGUGAUUGGUGAAGCAAAAAGUAUGAGCAAAAAUGACAUCCAGCGUGUUAACAGGCUCUACUGUGAUUAAGCAAAAUAAUGGCAGGCUGCAUGAAGAAAUUGUUUGAAGAAACUUUUAUGUUUUUAUGCAUUAUAUUUAAAGACAUCUUAUUAGAGAUGCCACAUCCUCUAUUUAGCACAUCCUUAUCCUCUAUUUAGCACAUCCUUAUCCUUAUCUAAAUCUGUCACAUCUUAUACAUUAACUGUAAAGAUAACAUGAUUCAUAUUAUUAAAAUUUUAUUAAGACAAAAUUCAAAUAUUGUGGAUGCAAAUGCUUGAAUAAAUAAUAAAUUCAUUAUGACUUUGUUUGUUGUAAAACAUUAAUAAAAAUAUUUUUAAAUUG